UGCAACUCGAACGAUAAGAAUUAAAUACACGGCAUGCAUCAACACUAGAAUUCAAUCUCGGACGGGCUAGCGCAGGCGUGGGGUGUGUAGUUGUCAAUGCCUCGAUAAGCCAGAUGUGCAAACAUUUGCUCAGCGCGGUGGAGGAACUCGUACCGAAGCAAUUGGUCGCGGCCGGCCGCGUUCAACACUUGAAACGCCGAUCCUUGAUCAGUUGGGUCCGGUACGUCCAAGCGUUCAGUAGGGGCCAUGCUCAGCCUGUGCACGUGCUCGAGGGAUUGAGCAUCGCGGAUAUGUUGGGCCACGCUGUCCAUGCUUGUCCGCCUUGUUCCAUCGGGCUGCAACGACAAUCCCGUGGACUUCCUCGACACCUCGUGGGCAAUCGUCGUGCCUUGGCGCACCCACCAGUCCUUCGAUUCAGGCAGCGAUCCCGAGCGGCGCCACUGGCACCGUGGUCGAUGCACGGAUGACAUGGCACUUUGAAGAAUGGCGAGAAAGAGGCCAUGUUGAAACGAGCCAAUCACGGACGGACUCGCCUUUCCACGGCGGCUCAGGACGACUUUGACUUGAAGGUUGUAUGCGCACGGUCGUUCAUUCGAUGGGAAACGACAGUCGACCGAGAGGAGCCGCUGGACGUGUUGGAGCAAGAUGGAGCCGCAUCGCAUUUCGCUAGGACGUUUGGGCCAAGGAAGACGCCACUGGUGGUAUGCAUGGGCAAAUGUCAUCCACCACCUG